CGAGAGUCCCACGCAGUACUGAUGGAGGGAGGGAAGUUGUGAGGCGGCGAGAAGGGGAGAUAUCCCCUAAAAAGGCCAACCUAAGACCAUGGCGGAGGCCAAUCCUUUUAGGGGACUGCCCCGUUUGCGGAGGGCCGCGGUAAGGUGUUUACGAUGGAAGUAUUUCUUUGACGUUUCCCCAAAUUAGGAAUCAGAAUCUGUCUAUUGCAGCAUAGCGAGGCGAAUACUGCUUGCCCGGGAUGUGCCCUACUGCGGCAUCAGCUAGAAAUCGCAUGCGAUUUAAGGCAUACACAAAUGUAGGAUAACACUUGAGUUUCUGUCUGUUCUAGUAAGCGUGAAUUAAAAAAUAGUUUACAUAGUUGUAAGUCUAUACAUGUGUUUGGAGAUGCGAGGGGUCGGACAGGACAUGCCAAUGACAAAAUGGUGUGUAUGAUAAGUCUUGCGCGGGAUAACAACUGUAACAUUAGUUGAAACAGCUCUUUAGGCAUUGAAGAGUGAUAUAACCUAGUGUAAGUUGUAGGAGGGUGUUAUCAGUUCAAUCUUUAUCAAUAGAGAGCACAUGAAUAUUGUAUGACCUUAAAAUAUUGUUGCAGUAGCCUAAUUGCGUUUCUACAGCUGUCUGUAUGUAUCAGUCCGCAUCAUUCACAUAAAGUUAGCUAAUAACUGAUAUAGCCUACUGUACGGGAUUUGCUCUGUAGUUCACCACAGGGCAUGUAAGCAAGGUGUUUCACUGACAUAGCAGUGCAGUCGCACUGCAAUGGAUGCUGUUGGUAAAUAAAGGAAAAACUAUAUUUCAUAAUACAUGCAUUAUGUGAUGGUAUAGGGGUCUAUUUGAGAUGUGUAAUAGGCCAAAACUCUGUUCAUAUGCAUGUUUCUGAUCUGUGCUGCAGUGGUCAAACUAAUCUUCAGCUUGUCUCCACUAGGAUUGACUGAGUGUGAGGGAAAGCUGAUGAGCUUGAUGUCGACUGGUGUGUUUCAUUGAUCACCUGUCCUGCAGACAUUCAGAUUGACUUUGCCUUAUAUCUAUUUGCAUUCACACGGCUGCUCAAAGCUGCCCCUUGGAUCAUAGUGGCCUGUACAUGGAAGUACAUCUCCAUUGGCCUAUGCAAAGUUCCAUUAUUCACGUCGAGGCCUUAUAGUUCUGAGCCUGAGAUGCAUUUGCCUCACACAUCUGAAGAGAGCCUGACAGGUCACAAGGAUGUAAUACGAGUCUAAGCACCUCCAUGAUGUUGGAGGUGCUGCAGUAUGUUGUGAGUUUCUCUGCUAUUCCAGAGAUAGUAGAAGGCUUCUAUUUGACCCAUAUUUAUCCUCUUUCUCUAUCAUUUGUUUAUUUGAAUCAUCAUGUAGAGACAUUACUAGUCAUACAUGUUUUGCAAUCUUUUAUAAUGAACCCGAACUUAAAUUCCAGAAGACAGAAGGAGAACAUCCUGGUAAAAUUAGAGUCCAAUACAUUCAUCCAGAGCCAUAUAUUUAACAAGUGUAAAAAAAUAUUUAUCAAAAUAUAGCUCUGCAUUCAUCUAUCCAUGCAACAUAGGUUGCAUUUGUACCAAACAUCAACAUGCUGACUUAGGUUUAUUCACUAGUCUAGUGCUAUAGGGAGGAGGACUUAUGUAAGAGUUAUCUAAUGAUUUAAGAGGGUCAAUACUGUAAACGUCCACACUUACCGAGUAAGAUGAAAACUAAGAAGAACGGCUUGAGAACAGUAGUGAGGCAAUAACCAAGUAUGAAUAAAACAGAGCAGGUUGACACAACAGUCAUACCACACAGGUCAUAAAGUGAUAUCAUAUCAAUUAUCUUAACUGUUUAUCUCAUCUCCUGCUGUUUUCUUUCUGCAGAUGUCCUUCCCAGGGAAUCUCCACCUGGUGUUGGUCUUGCGGCCCACCAGCCUCCUGCAGAGUCCCUCAGGCACCGGCACUGACUUGGGCUUCCGCUUCAGCCAGGAUGACUUCAUGCUCAAGAUGCCGGUAAGAAGUGGAGAUGAUGAAACCAAGGCUUAUUUGAAAUGUUGAGCAAGUACCUGUACAGACAGUGGUUAAGGGACAGUAUUGGGUGAUUACAGUAAAUAUUGAAGUAGUUGUUUCAACAGUCUGACAACAUAAGGGGCUGUGAAGGGCUCUCUUAGGUUAAGUUACCCACAAUCUCUCUCUUAGAUAUAUUACUGUAAUGUGAUGAGUGAUUAUUAUUGAUUCUGGUUGUCAUGGUGGUUUUAUGUUGUACCCCUUGGUCUGCUACUCUGCGUUCUUCCACAGGUGGUCAUGCUCAGCUCAGUUACAGACCUGCUUCGCUACAUCGAUGAGAACCAGCUGACCUCCGAGUUUGGUGGAACUCUGGAUUACUGCCAUAGUGACUGGAUUGUCCUUCGUACGGUAAACAUACUGUCCCACAGUGUCACCUACAGCAACACAUGAAUUAUAGGCAGACCUGGUAUUUUGGAUUACUGACCACAUCAACAACAUCUAGACAAUUACACCGCAAAGCAGCCUAGAUGUGCAGUGUGGCACUAUACAUAACAAAUGAGUGUUUUUGGUAGAAGAAGUUCAUGACUAUUUGUCUCCCUCUGCAGGCUAUUGAGAGCUUUGCUGUGACGGUGAAGGAGAUAGCCCAGUUGCUCCAGUCGUUCGGCACGGAGCUCGCUGAGACCGAGCUACCAGAUGAGGCCGACGCCAUCGAGUUCCUCCUCAAAUCCCACACUGACAAAUACAGGCGGCUGAAAGUAAGACACAUCUCCCAUGACAACCUUGGAAUUAUUCCUAGUGUUCUUUCUUUGCAAGGCCAUAGUAGUGCAUGCUGUUGUGAUGUCGUGUGAAUAACUGAAUGACAAUGAUUGCAGGAUGACAUCAGGUCUGUGAUGCGGGAGGGCCGCCACUUGCUCGCCAACCUGGAGGCCGCCAAGGCAGCGAAAGCUGAUGGACAGGAGGACAAAGAUAUCAAACAGGACUGGGACACAGUACAGAGGUACAGUAUACUUUUAAAAAGAUGGGUCAGACAAUUAUUUGUUUCUUCACAUGCUAUUGGUUGUGUGUAGUAUAAUUGAUCUAAGGCUGUCUUUGCAGUAGCUGCCAUGGGAUGGGGCUCUGAAGGAAUUAUCGUUUUGAUAGAUUUAAGUGUUUGACCUUUAGCUUGUGGACCACCUGUUUUCCUCAGGCUUCUGGCACAACUACGGGACAUGGAGAUGGCUUUUGAUGGCUUUUUUGAGAAGCAUCACCUGAAGCUGCAACAGUACCUUCAACUGAUGAGAUAUGAGAUGAGCUUUCAUGAGGUACAGUCAGUUUAGAGUGGUAAAGUGAAAAGUGUCAAUCUGUACUAUUUUCUACAUUUAGUGCCAAAGGCCAAACUUCCUUUUUGCUGUUGCUCAGAUGGAGGAGAUCCUGGACCAGCUGUCUGGUCAGGAGAAGGAGGUCGCUGCAGUGGGCGGGACAGUGGUCCAGACAGAACAGCUAUUAAAAGAUCUGGAGUCACUGGACACCCGUGCACAGGUCAGGGUCCCACUACACAAACUAACCUCUCACUUAACCCUUAUCUAGUACAUCAUGAGAUUUCUGACAGAGAAACGUAAACUGCUCCAGAUAGGGACACUAUGAUGUUGAUCCUUGACUGGGGUUUUUUGAUUGUGGUGGUUGUCAGGAAGAGAUGGGCCGUGCCCAGAUCAUCAUCCUGCGCGGCCACCAGCUGGCCACCAGUCACCACUACGCUCUGGCCCUGAUCGUCCAGCGGUGCAACGAGCUGCGGCACCACUGUGACGUGCUGACCACCGCCAUCCGAGCCAAACGGGCUGCCCUCACCCGCAUACGUGACCUGCUGCUGCGUCUGGAAGAGGUAUGCAAACGCACACACACACACACAAUUAUAACCCCCAUCCUCCCAUAUCCACUCAUAAAGCUUGUAGAGUCUGUUAUGUCUGUGAUGGUCAGUGUGUCAUGCUUCCAUGCGUCUCUGUGUGUGUGUCUGUGUGUGUCUAUGUCUGCCUUCAGGCCCGGCGCUGGUGUGACGAGGGGGCUUACCUCUUAGCCAAUCAGCUGGUGGAUAAGUUCCAGUCCAAGGAGGGAGCUCAGGGAGCGCUGCAGGAUAUAGAGAGACACCAAGAGGAGGCACCGUCGUGUCUGAGCCAAAGCCCUGAUGUCCUCAGUCUGGAGUUUGAGGCCAUCCUGACCCCCCAGCUACAGGUAUACAUCCCUGCUCCAUAGCCUGUUCUUCGGUGUCAGUCACUUUUCCACCCAGCCUGGCUCCAAGUCAUACUGUACCAUUUCAUCCCAUUAUCACUGUAUCAUUUCAUCCCAAAGCUCUUUUGUAUGAUGAUAACAUCCUGUCAACACAGCAAACAUGACACAUACUGUAAUACUACUACCACCACAAGCUUAUAAUAUUAUUAUCAACAACCUACUGUUGCCAGCACUUUCCAACUGUCUAUUUCCUCGUGCAGAUCCAAUAUGCCUAUCAAUCUCUCUCUCUCUCUCUCUCUCUCUCUCUCUCUCUCUCUCUCUCUCUCUCUCUCUCUCAGUCUCAGAUUGGGGUGGCCACUGAGAAGCUGUCUGCCAUGCAGAGAAUGAUCCACAACAGACAGGCAUGUCUGAGGAAGCUGGCUGACAUUCAGGUGCGGCCCAUCCAGCUGGUGGCCCCUCGGCCUGAGCACUCUCCUCGAUGCAAAUCCCCUCUCUUCUCCCCCAAACACAGUACGUUACCAUAAAUAGACCACCACACAACUCUUACCAAGGCCUAACGGACGGUGAAUGUGAAUUACUUCUCGUACUCUGAUUAUUAGGUGUGUGAGAAAAUAUUUUUCAAGAAUGAUAGUGGACAAUCUUCCGCCUGUCUUCCUCAGGGCAAGUGUUCAUACUUCAAGUAAUAGCAUUUUCUAUAAUCAUUCUGUGCGUUUUCAUGUCUGCAGGUGUAGAUUUCAACUCUGUUCUCAACUCAAGGUUCUCUUUUGACCUCUUACCUGGCAAGAGGGCAGCUCGGAAAAGCCCUAGAAAGGUGAGAGUUGGGUUAUUAAACCUAAAGAUCAGAAGGUUCUGUAAGCUCUACUGCAUUCAUGAAGUAUAUGACACGCACAGGACCUGUAUUACUAUAGAACGUUGGUUAUGUCAGUUUUUUCCAGUGGACGAUUGGAACGGGAUUAGUUUCACCAAACUGCCCGUGAAAUAUAUUUUUUCUCAUUAAAUUGACCAUUAUGAUGGAAGCCUGGAGGCUGUUCUAACCUUGAAUAACAGUUUCCAAAUUGGGGAAAUGUCUCUCUCGCUCUGUCUUCUAUCUAUCUAUCUAUCUAUCUAUCUACAGUUGAUGUCGGAAGUUUACAUACACCUUAGCCAAAUACAUUUAAACUCAGUUUUUCACUAUUCCUGACAUUUAAUCCUAGUAAAACUUCCCUGUCUUAGGUCAGUUAGGAUCACCACUUUAAUUUAAGAAUGUGAAAUGUCAGAAUAAUAGUAGAGAGAAUGAUUUAUUUCAGCUUUUAUUUCUUUCAUCACAUUCCCAGUGGGUCAGAAGUUUACAUACACUCAAUUAGUAUUUGGUAGCAUUGCCUUUUAAAUUGUUUAACUUGGGUCAAACGUUUUGGGUAGCCUUCCACAAGCUUCCCACAAUAAGUUGGGUGAAUUUUGGCCCAUUCCUCCUGACAGAGCUGGUGUAACUGAGUCAGGUUUGUAGACCUCCUUGCUCGCACACGCUUUUUCAGUUCUGCCCACACAUUUUCUAUAGGAUUGAGGUCAGGGCUUUGUGAUGGCCACUCCAAUACCUUGACUUUGUUGUCCUUAAGCCAUUUUGGCACAACUUUGGAAGUGUGCUUGGGGUCAUUGUCCAUUUGGAAGACCCAUUUGCAACCAAGCUUUAACUUCCUGACUGAUGUCUUGAGAUGUUGCUUCAAUAUAUCCACAUAAUUUUCCUUCCUCAUGAUGCCAUCUAUUUUGUGAAGUGCACCAGUCCCUCCUGCAGUAACGCACCCCCACAGCAUGAUGCUGCCACCCCCGUGCUUCACGGAUGGGAUGUGUUCUUCGGCUUGCAAGCCUCCCCUUUUUCCUCCAAACAUAACGAUAGUCAUUAUGGCCAAACAGUUCUAUUUUUGUUUCAUCACACCAGAGUACAUUUCUCCAAAAAGUACGAUCUUUGUCCCCAUGUGCAGUUGCAAACCGUAAUCUGGCUUUUUUAUGGCGGUUUUGGAGCAGUGGGUUCUUCCUUGCUGAGCGGCCUUUCAGGUUAUGUCGAUAUAGGACUCGUUUUACUGUGGAUAUAGAUACUUUUGUACCUGUUUCCUCCAGCAUCUUCACAACGUCCUUUGCUGUUGUUCUGGGAUUGAUUUGCACUUUUCGCACCAAAGUACAUUCAUCUCUAGGAGACAGAACGCGUCUCCUUCCUGAGCGGUAUGUUGGCUGCGUGGUCCCAUGGUGUUUAUACUUGCAUACUAUUGUUUGUACAGAUGGACGUGGUACCUUCAGGCGUUUGGAAAUUGCUCCCAAGGAUGAACCAGACUUGUGGAGGUCUACAAUUUAUUUUCUGAGGUCUUGGCUGAUUUCUUUUGAUUUUCCCAUGAUGUCAAGCAAAGAGGCACCGAGUUUGAAGGUAGGCCUUGAAAUACAUCCACAGGUACACCUCCAAUUGACAAAUGAUGUCAAUUAGCCUAUCAGAAGCUUCUAAAGCCAUGACAUCAUUUUCUGGAAUUUUCCAAGAUGUUUAAAGGCACAGUCAAUUUAGUGUAUGUAAACUUCUGACCCACUGGAAUUGUGAUACAGUGAAUUAUAAGUGAAAUAAUCUGUCUGUAAACAAUUGUCGGAAAAAUUACUUGUGUCAUGCACAAAGUAGAUGUCCUAACCGACUUGCCAAAACUAUAGUUUGUUAACAAGAAAUGUGUGGAGUGGUUGAAAAACAAGUUUUAAUGACUCCAACCUAAGUGUAUGUAAACUUCCGACUUCAACUCUAUCUAUCUAUCUAUCUACAGUGGGGAAAAAAAGUAUUUAGUCAGCCACCAAUUGUGCAAGUUCUCCCACUUAAAAAGAUGAGAGAGGCCUGUAAUUUUCAUCAUAGGUACAUGUCAACUAUGACAGACAAAAUGAGAAAAAGAAAUCCAGAAAAUCACAUUGUAGGAUUUUUAAUGAAUUUAUUUGCAAAUUAUGGUGGAAAAUAAGUAUUUGGUCAAUAACAAAAGUUUCUCAAUACUUUGUUAUAUACCCUUUGUUGGCAAUGACACAGGUCAAAUGUUUUCUGUAAGUCUUCACAAGGUUUUCACACACUGUUGCUGGUAUUUUGGCCCAUUCCUCCAUGCAGAUCUCCUCUAGAGCAGUGAUGUUUUGGGGCUGUCGCUGGGCAACACAGACUUUCAACUCCCUCCAAAGAUUUUCUAUGGGGUUGAGAUCUGGAGACUGGCUAGGCUACUUCCGGACCUUGAAAUGCUUCUUACGAAGCCACUCCUUCAUUGCCCGGGCGGUGUGUUUGGGAUCAUUGUCAUGCUGAAAGACCCAGCCACGUUUCAUCUUCAAUGCUCUUGCUGAUGGAAGGAGGUUUUCACUCAAAAUCUCACGAUACAUGGCCCCAUUCAUUCUUUCCUUUACACGGAUCAGUCGUCCUGGUCCCUUUGCAGAAAAACAGCCCCAAAGCAUGAUGUUUCCACCCCCAUGCUUCACAGUAGGUAUGGUGUUCUUUGGAUGCAACUCAGCAUUCUUUGUCCUCCAAACAUGACGAGUUGAGUUUUUACCAAAAAGUUCUAUUUUGGUUUCAUCUGACCAUAUGACAUUCUCCCAAUCCUCUUCUGGAUCAUCCAAAUGCACUCUAGCAAACUUCAGACUGGCCUGGACAUAAGCAGGGGGACACGUCUCGCACUGCAGGAUUUGAGUCCCUGGCGGCGUAGUGUGUUACUGAUGGUAGGCUUUGUUACUUUGGUCCCAGCUCUCUGCAGGUCAUUCACUAGGUCCCCCCGUGUGGUUCUGGGAUUUUUGCUCACCGUUCUUGUGAUCAUUUUGACCCCACGGGGUGAGAUCUUGCGUGGAGCCCCAGAUCGAGGGAGAUUAUCAGUAUGUCUUCGAUUUCCUAAUAAUUGCUCCCACAGUUGAUUUCUUCAAACCAAGCUGCUUACCUAUUGCAGAUUUAGUCUUCCCAGCCUGGUGCAGGUCUACAAUUUUGUUUCUGGUGUCCUUUGACAGCUCUUUGGUCUUAGCCAUAGUGGAGUUUGGAGUGUGACUGUUUGAGGUUGUGGACAGGUGUCUUUUAUACUGAUAACAAGUUCAAACAGGUGCCAUUAAUACAGGUAACGAGUGGAGGACAGAGGAGCCUCUUAAAGAAGAAGUUACAGGUCUGUGAGAGCCAGAAAUCUUGCUUGUUUGUAGGUGACCAAAUACUUAUUUUCCACCAUAAUUUGCAAAUAAAUUCAUUAAAAAUCCUACAAUGUGAUUUUCUGGAUUUCUUUUUCUCAUUUUGUCUGUCAUAGUUGACAUGUACCUAUGAUGAAAAUUACAGGCCUCUCUCAUCUUUUUAAGUGGGAGAACUUGCACAAUUGGUGGCUGACUAAAUACUUUUUCCCCCCACUGUAUCAAUCUAUCAAUCUAUCAAUCUAUCAAUCUAUCAAUCUAUCAAUCUAAUCAAUCUAAUCAAUCUAAUCAAUCUAAUCUAAAUCUAAAUCUAAUCUAUAGGUUUUUGGGGCUGGAAUAAUCUAUCUGUAGGUUUUUGGGGCUGGAAUAAUAACCUUCCCGCCAAGUAAAAAUGACUGACAUGGCAGACACGGACAAGACAAAAAUUACGGAUGUGGUGUUUUGUGCUCGUGCAGAUAAUUACAUUACUCAACCUCGCCAGUAUAUCUAAUCCUAACUUUACAUUUCAUGUGAACAAUAUUUGCAUGGUAAAGCAUAUUUUUUUUAUCUGGCCUCCACAUCGUCUCUGUGACCUAUAGGUUUAUCAUUUUUUCAGCUUGCCAUGUUGACUAAAUUCCAUUCCAUUGUUCUCUCUCUCUCCCCUCCAGAUAGAGGUGAUGCAUGACUAUGAGGAGAACCGCAACUGUCUCUCCUACGGCCAGGAGGGAGAGGAGAGCCCAGACCAGCUGAAACGGUGAAACAGCACCCGACCCCACUCAUCAAUCUGCAUGUACUGUCUGACUCCAGCUUGCUUUCAACACCUGUUUAUCUGUCUUUAUCUGUUAUCUGUCUAGAAAAUGUAAUUACAUUUAAUUUAAUAAAGCAAUUUCCCUUACUGGUGCCUCUCUGUCUCUCUCUCUCUCUCUCUCUCUCUCUCUCUGUGCAUCUCGCUGACUGUGCUUUGUGUCUUCAGACACAUAAUGAAAGAGCUUAUUGAGACAGAGAGGAUCUAUGUAGAGGAGCUGCUGUCUGUUUUGCUGGUAAGGUGUUUCAUUUAACAGUUGCACAGACACACAAACCAACCCAAAGGGUACAAUAUAAAAAACAAGUCUUCAUUUCUAUAGGGUUACAGAGCAGAGAUGGAUAACCCCGCCCUCUCCAACCUACUGCCCUCUGUCCUGCGCAGCAAGAAGGAGGUCCUCUUCGGGAAUAUGCCAGAGAUCUACAACUUCCACAGCAGGCAAGGAUGUACACAAACACUCUCUCACACACACACUGAGGCACUGAUAAGCAGAAGCGCUGACUCCGUUUUUACAAAUAAAAUUGAAUUUGUCACAGACACGUGUUUAGCAGAUGUUAUUGCGGGUGUAGCGAAAUGCUUGUGCUUCUAGCUCCGACAGUGCAGUAAUACAAUUUCACAACAUAUACCCAAUACACACAUCUAGUAAGGAAUGUAUUACAGAUAUAUAUACAUAUAUGGACAAGCAAUGACAGAGCGUAUUGAAGAAAGUAUUGAUUGAAAUUAUAAGUCUGCCAUGACUCACCCCCAUCACCCCUCCUCCUCUCUACAGAACCUUUCUCCAGGACUUGGAGGGGUGCCUGGAGACUCCUGAGAGAGUUGGAGCAUGCUUUCUACAACGGGUGAGCAAGCUUGUGAUCACCCCCUCUCUGACCACAUGUGGAAUGGGGUCAUCAGUCAGAGCCUCCUGUAACCAUCUACAGUCAUUUGGCUUGGUUUUGACAUUUCUCUGUCGUUUCAGAAAGAAAAGUUUCAGGUGUAUGAGCGCUACUGUCAGAACAAGUCACACUCUGAGUUGCUAUGGAGACAGUGCUCUGCUUCACACUUCUUCCAGGUACUCUCGCUAAGUGUACUGCAAAACUGUUUUUAUUGAGGAGAGUUGCACUUCCACUUACCUCCCACUUUUGAAUCCCCUUUCAUGUAUUGAUAAAAGUUAUAGUUUUGACAAAUGUGUGUCUUCUGGAUAGAUUUGAAGGAUUUCUUCAAUCUUUCCGUCUCCAUCCUGUGUAGGAGUGUCAGAAGAAGCUGGAGCACAAACUGGGGUUGGACUCGUACCUACUGAAGCCAGUCCAGAGGCUGACUAAGUACCAGCUGCUGCUGAAGGUAGGGCUUGGGCUCAGCCAACAACAUCUUGACUUACAUGGUUCAUGUAUGAGCCUUAACAUUCCAUUGUAACACAUUGGACCUCCGGGCUCCUGUCUUUCCCAACAGGAGCUGUUGAAGCACAGUGCAGACAGUGAUUAUAUCUCUGAGCUGCAAGGGGCACUAGAGGCCAUGCUGGAUCUCCUCAAGUCUGUGAACGACUCCAUGCACCAGAUCGCCAUCACAGGUUAUGAGGUAAAGAAUGUGAGUGAGAGACUGCAUGAGUGACUAAGUGAGAAUGAAUGAGAAAUUUACAGAUGUGCAUUUUCUUUCGCUCAGUGAUUUCUUCAUAAUUACUACAAAGUGAAAUGUGUAAUAAUUAUGGCUUACCAUAUCCCACCAUGCUGGGUUGUGUUGUGUCUGGCUGUGUCCCCAGGGGGAGCUGAGUGACCUGGGUCGGGUGCUGAUGCAGGGCUCCUUCAGUGUGUGGAUCAGCCAUAAGAGGGGCCCCACGAGGAUGAAGGCCCGUUUCAAACCCAUGCAGAGGCAUCUCUUCCUGCAUGAGCACGCUCUGCUCUUCUGCAAGCGCCGUGAGGAGCAUGGGGAGGCCCACGACCGCACCCCCUUCUACAGCUUCAAGCACUGCCUGAGGGUAAGGCCGGGGCAGGCCACUACUGGCACUUCUGCUCUUAUCAUAUGGACACACGUUCGCUUUGAGGGACAAUCAACACACUUGCAAUGGUGAAUUGUGUUUUCUCUGCAGAUGACUGCUGUUGGGAUCACUGAGAAUGUCAAAGGAGAUGUGAAAAAGUUUGAGCUCUGGUACAGUGGCAGAGAGGAGGUGUAUAUUGUUCAGGUGAGGCCCACAUUGUUGAUCAUUUUGAUUUUGAUUAUCUUGUGCUCUCAGUUUAGUCUGUGCCUUGGCAAGUGAUGGAGUAGGCUUGGUCUGGUCUUCUUACCCACUUCAUAUGUAAAUUAUAUACUGUAUUCUAGUCAAGGCUCAUCCUAUAUAACUACUGCUGUACAUACCUUUUCUAUUCAUACACUGUCCAUAAUGUCUAUACACACUAUCGUAUAUAUUGACUCUGACAUUGCUCAUCCUGAUAUUUCUCAAUUAUUGUAUUUGAAUUUUAUGGGAUUUGUAUGUAUUGUUAGGUAUUAUUGCACUGUUGGAGCUAGAAACACAAGCAUUUCGCUGCACCUGCGAUAACAUCUGCAAAAUGUGUACGCGGCCAAUACAAUUUGGUAUGGUUUGACUCGCUGACACACACAGUACUGAUGCCUGUGGCUGUGUUCCCCAGGCCCCUACGUUCCAGAUCAAGAUCGCCUGGCUCACUGAGAUCAGGAAAAUUCUCACCAACCAACAGAGGCUCCUCCAAGGUUUCUACUUUGCGUCUACUUGUCUGUCAGCUUCCAUGUUGGGUGUGUUGUUCAUUCCCCUUGUCCUCUAUUGUGGUGUGAUGGGACCUGUCUGUCUGCAUGCCAGUAGUUUGGUUAAACUACCUGGAGUUUUAAAGUCCCUUUUAUCUGCCCUCUGCCCCCCUCUCCCUCUCCCCCUCUCUCAGAAGACAUCCCCCCUAUUCAACUCUCAGAGCAGACUCCUCUGUCUCCUCCCUCUACUGACAGGUGAUGCUCUUUGCAUGUCCUCUCAUGUCCUCUCAUGUCCCCAUGUCUUACAAUUUGCAUGAUGACCAAAGAGAACAUUGUGAUUUCCUGUCGCUCAUAGCAUGUGAUUUGUUUGUUUUCGAUUCCAAUCAUAGCUUGGUUUCGACUCAUCUCCAACCUACUGACUCCGAAAUGUCAAGCUUGUUUCUCUGGUAUGAUCUAGAGAAUGAUGUGACUUGGCCAGUGCCUGAGGCCAAGCUUGUGACCAUGUGGAUGUUGUGUUUCUGCCCCGUUCCUUUGCGACGCGGGACAGUCUGGCUCAUAUGUCGGUGUGCAUGCCGUGGAGUCCCGGGCAGAUCACUGGCUGCUCAGGUUGUUUUGAUGUCCUUCCUCACAGUAAGCCUCCAGACCAGUCCCUCAGCACAGAGGAGGCAGAGUCGUCAGGCCGCACCAGCCCCGUCCUCACGGACCCCGUGGUCUUCUCCCCCCAGCCCCAGCACAACAAUCGACGCAGUGAGUCAGCGUGGAAAACAGCAGCCAUUUUGUCUCACCAACUCACUUUAGUAAUAAAGCAGACUCCAAGUCUACUGGCCAAUUGGGGCCGGUCAGUGAGGUUUCGACACUGAAAAGUCCAGCAUGUAGCAGUGGAAUUGUGUUUUUGUUGUCAGUGGAAAGGUUUUGAAAGUAUCUAACAUAAGUGACAUUUAGGUCAAUAUGUAUGGUACGUAGAGGCCUUUGACUUGUGAAGAUAGUUGUAUUUGAGAGCUGUCUGUCUGUCAAACGUAGGUUGGCCUGGCACCUCCCAGUCAGUGGAUGUCUGUGAGGGUCUGGAGGACUGGAGCACCACUGACCUGUCCAACCUGUCAGACUCUGACGAGGAUGACGACCCUACUCCAUUGGUGAGCCAGUCUAAACUUCAUCUGGCAUUGUAGUGUUAAGUGUCCUGUAAAACAGCUGUGGAAGUAAUUGGACAUUGGACAUUAGUCAGACAGUUUCCUAAGUUAGUGCGCUGUGUAAAAUAUGAUGCGAUUGUCAGUCUGUUUUUAUUACUGGUCUUAAGGUAACAUGCUUUUCUCUCACAGGUUCCUGGGAGGUACAGGGCCCUGGUGGAAAGUAGUGUGUGUAGUACAGAUGACCUCAUCAUAAAGUGCGGUGAUGUCAUCCAGCUGCUACAUCAGGACACUGUAGGGAAAUGGUGAGAAGCCCCAGUACUAAUAUCACUACCACUCUUACUCUUACUGUUCCUUGCUGUUGUUACUACAGCAGUACUCCUGAUUCUCUCUCUGUCAGGCUUGUGAGGAAUGUCAGUCGUUGUGAUGAGGGUCGGGUCUCAGCUGAUAACCUGCACAGGAUUCUGGGAGAGAGUAGCCGUGCCCACUCAGGCAGGAUGGAAGGUGAGGGGCUCCCCAUGGACCCACUACUAGAGAUCACUGUUCUUGUAUAGCUAUUAGCAUGGAUGAAUAAGAUGUCCUCGUUUCCACAUUACAACCGUACUACCUGUAGGUUUCUCUUAAUCUUUCAGGGAAUGAGAAAACCCGGAAGCUCAGCUCUCUCUGAAUGAACCAUGUGCCAUCCAUCCAUCGUCCGGACACAACUUCUGUCAUCACAACUGUUGUCCUGCUAUCAUUCGCAUCCAAGGUCUUCUUUCCUGGAGUCUCCAGGGGCCUUGAACAUGCUGCCUGAGACUGACCAGUCAUCAAUCAAACCAGAGGAUCUGAAGGGUCAACUAUGCCUUCUUACCAUCCAUCUCCAGUAAUUUAAUACCAAUGGAAUAAUUGAUACCAUAUUAAUACCAUGAUGAUAAACCACAAGGACAUCUUUUUACAUUUCCUCCAGAGGGUGCAUGUGUUGCCGUGCAAUGUUAGGGUAAAAUCCCUACCCACGUCAAGCAAACAACCUCAAGCACAAGGCAAUGGACUGAGUCUACUUUCCAACCCCAGGCAGCAUCACAACAUCACCCUUAAAGUACCGCAAAUCAUCAGAGAGAUAGGAUCUUCAUUUUCCUGCGGAUGAGGUGCAUGAACUGUUUCCAGUCCACUUUAUGAAUAUUUACUUAGAAAAGGACUGUUUUACUUCUGUUACAGUGAAGGUGAAUCAAUCUCUAUUUUUUUACAUUUGUGUAUAACUAUCAUGGUUCAUGAGAGACCAUAACAGAUUUCAACAUUUCAUCAAUGCCAGUUUAUGUGCCAAAACAUUGACAGUUUCCCUGUCUUCUUUAUUUGUUACAACAGCCUCAUUUUGUACCACUCCCAUUAUCCCCAAUUACUAUGGUAAAUAGCUUACAUUUCAGUGUGAAAGCUAACAGCAAGCAAACCGUGCCAAGCUUUGUAUUUCUAUGCUCACUGUUCUGCAUGAAUGUCAACAGGGUGUUGCCAGUGGUCAGUUCCCUGUUGAACAUUGCCUAAUGCUUCUUUUUAUGUGCACUGCAAUUUUGUACCAGUAGGGGGUGGUGUGUCAGUAAUCUGACCAUUGACGUGAGAGGAGGGUCCUGCAGUGCUGCUGCUGCUUCUGCUGCUGAGCGAGUGUGAUGAAUGGAUGUUGCAGCUUAUAUGUAAAUUCUCCACAUUGGCGGACGUUGGGGAUUCAUGUAAAUGUACAGAGAAUUUAAUGUGCAUAUAUGAUAUGGAUGGAAAUUAUUUUACCAAAUACAAG